UUUAGUAAUAGUACUCCUAACAAUCAAGUAGUCUUUAGCAAGUAUAGGAUUAAUAAAGUAACUUCUAUCAAUAGGAUGUUACUAAGUAAUUCAAGUCGAAGGACUUGGGUCACUCAAGUGCAAACAAGUUUUGAGGGCAAA